GCCUCUGCCUCCGCUGCCGCGCCCAAGCCAGCCGCGACGUUCAGUUCCUUCAUCAACAAGAAUACGACGGGCAAGAAGUUUGCGCCCAAGGCUGCGCGCAGAAGACCAGGCGCCGCCGCUGUCCCCGCUGCCCCAGCCUCUACGCCUGCGUCGUCUGCGCCAGAGACUCCUGCAUCCACUGCCGUGCCCCAAACUUCGCAGCCUGAGCCCGAGUCCUCCAAUGCACCAUCCGUGUCCUCCAAUGCACCUGCCGAGUUCUCGACCCCUGCCCAGCUACCUACUCCGCUUGCGACCCAGGAGCCUGCAGUGGAACCGCCACCUGCCCCUGCGCCCGCGCCUGUAGUGACCGCCGCUGCAAGCCCACGUCUCCAGUCACAAGCCGACAGUAAUUCCCAUGCUGCUGUACAGCCUCUGACAGCCCAAGGCCUAACUACCCAGUACCUGGAAGACGACAUCCACGCCGGCAGAUCGCCCAAGAGACGGCGCAUAGAACCACCCGCCACACCAAGUCAACACGAGAGCGAACAAGGCCCACAGCAACAGUCAGCGCUUGGAACCGCCGUUCCUGUCGAUGCGCCCCCCGCCGCCGCCGCAUCUCAGGAAGAAGAGCCACUGACCGCCGACAAUGCACGACACCCCAGUGACCCACAGGCUCUUCCACAGCCGCGAAAGAGGAGGAAGUUGCCUUGGGUAGCGGUUAAUCACCCUGCCGAGGGCGAUGAAGAAGCGGCUGCUGCUGCACCCGGCCAAAAGCCUCGUCCACGCGCAAAGAAGAAGACGACCGAGCCUGCCACACAGGACGGCGAAGAUGCUGCAGCUCCGCCAAAGAAAGCGAGGAAACCCAGGAAGCCAAAGGUUGCAUUGAGCAGCGAAGUGGUUGAAGGGCUCGAAAACGAAGUAGGACGCAUUGCCGACGAGAUUGUAGCGGCUGCCGUAAAACGCAAGCCCAAGCCCCGAAGAAGACGACAGGCGACUCCAGAGGGUGAAGAAAUUGACGGAAUUGAGGGUGAAGACGGCACGAGAAAAGAAAAGAAACGAAAGGGGCGACCGCCGCGCGAAGCUACCCCAUCAGACGCAGAAGACCGGGUCAUUGACCCCGACAACACUUACAUGGACUCCCUUGCCGCUCAUUCAGUCCGCUGGGGAAAGUUGUCUGCCAGGGAGAAGGAAAUGCGCACGAUUGAUUGGGAAGCAGUCAAAAAGCGUCGCAGAGAGGAAGAUUCAAGGCCCAUCUUCUCCAAAGCAGAACAGGAAGCCGCCGACAGGGCUUUAGCUGAGGCAGGAGCAGAGCUCGCUGCGCAAGCCGAGCGAGGUCCUCAACUUCGACUCAACGCGGAUGGCGUCAUGGAGCUAGUACCCGACUCUGGGACCAUCGACCGAGAGGGUGACGCGGAAAAGGAGCUGGAUGCAAUGAUUGUCACUGAAGACCAGGACAUCACAGCCCGUAUAACGACUCGUAGCUUUAUGAAGAACAACAAGCGCCAUCCCAAUGAGUUUCUCUUGCCAGGGCAAGGACGUCGCUGGAACAGCGAGCUUACAGAACUCUUCUACCAAGGUCUCAGGUCUUUUGGCACAGAUUUUCAGAUGAUAUCCCAGAUGUUCCCAGGCUUCACCCGACGCUCCAUCAAAACAAAGUUCACUCGCGAAGAGCGCGAAAAUCCCGAAGGCGUCAAGGCAGCACUGCAAGGUCGUAGUGAACUUACCAAUGGCGGCUGGGGUGUUUUCCUUGAGAAAUCGAACAAGACAGAAGAAUCGUUUGCGGAUGCUGAUGAGAUUAAGCGACAGAUGGCUGCGAAAGAAGCCGAAUUCAGGGAGCGCAUAGCAGCCGCGAAGGUCGAGGCUCAGGAAAGAAAACGGCAGAGAGAACUGGCUGGCAUUGACGAAGAUGGAAAUCCCUUGGGCGACGGAUCCGGGAAUAAGGAGAAGGGAAAGAAAAAGAGAGGUAAGAACAAGCAAGUCACGUUCCAAGAGGAGCAGGGCGUGGAGAUUGUGGGACUAGUGGGCGACGACGAUACCUGGGGUCAGGAGUAG